AUAGUAGUACGUUGUCACAUAACGUCAGGCGAUGGUUUAGAUAGUAUGGUAGCUUUCGCUAGAGCAUUAUCAUCACCCCUUGAAAAAUACCACGAGCUACGAGGUCGCGUACGAGCAGCGUGCGAGAGAGUGACGUGUGCGGAGUUACCACCGAGGGUACUCGCGCGUCGUUUAGUCGGAGGAAAGUGCUGAUGCCCAAGUGCCUGAUGAUGAGUCUCUGGUCCUCGUAAAAAUGUAAAUAUAGUGGUCGUGUGAGAGGGUAGUGGGGCCUGGGGCUUUCAUACUCUCUUUUAUUUUUUUUAAAUCCACUGAUAUAUUUGUUUAAAAUGUUUUAAAUUUAUCCAAAUGAUAUUGAACGGCAUUGAUUGUCGUUGGUAAUCAUAAUCAUAAAUUAUUUUCUUUUGUAACUGGAGCUAAUUGUGAAGACUCGCCUAUAUAAACAGACUAGAUCGCACAGUAUUUUGCGAUAAUCACGUAAACGAGGACGUUGUUGGAUAAGAGAUAAUAAUUUUAAAAAUAAAAUAUAUAAAAAAGACAGAUUGAGUCUGCGACGGCUAUUAGGGCGAGCCGUGAGUCGUUUGUCGAUGCACACAUGGAAGGCAUGGAAUAGCCGAUCGAUUUAAAGUGCACCAGGAAGGGAGAAUUAACGAGGAAUAAUUAAAGUGACGAGUUGAGAAUGGCGUCAAGAUUGCCAAGCAGCCAUCAGAGGAAGCUGGGACCGGCGCCGAUUGCAUCGUUCGAGGAUUUGUCCGACGAGGUGGAAAACGGAGAAUCGACAACAGCACGAAUGCCGGGGAUUAUUGAGGUGACGACUCCUUUAACACCUGGUAGUUCACUCAAGACUCCCAGCACGCCGAGGAUCGACAUCAGUCGGGCCAGCAGUUCAUCCCAUCAUGAGGACAGUAACAACUCAAGAGAAUCUUCUCCCGAGAGAGAAUUACUGGCAGGAGCAGAGCCACCAGCCGGAACGACCCUGUCAUUGGGUUACAAAGAAGAUGCCCAGGAUUUGCGAUCGUCUACAGAGGAACUGGACUUGCAGGACCCAGUUCAUGCUCAGGAUCUUAAAAGAGACUCAAAGAGAGCACGAAGGAAAAAAGAAGACGGCACACAAUCAGAGUGUGGAAUUAGUUUGAAACAUGAACGGGAACGUAAAGAUAGUAAUUGUUCCGAGAUUAUUUUACUUAAUAUCAGUGGUAGAACGUCACGACUGUCUUCCGUUGGGAGUCAAGGCUCCGGUGUAUCCGGAAGGCUCUCAGUUGUCUCUGCUACCUCUUCCAGAUCACCAAGCCCGCACAAAUGUCUCUUAGAGACGUCAUUCUGUGGCAGCAAGCCCACGUUAGCGGAAACAUCGAUUGAAACUUCAAAACCAGAGACAGAAGACUUGGAGAUUAUGUUACUGAAGCGGGAGGCUGACACGACAAAAGCCCUUAUUCCAGAGAGCAUAAAGGUGCCAAUGGUAGGCGGGAAUCUAAAGCCUGAUCCCCUGGAUAAGCCAAGAAGACGGGGGUAUGAAGAACGUAAAGAAAUAUUUAAGCGUGAAGUCGAGAUCACGAAGCGGGUCUUGGAAAAGGUCAACAUCGAGGUUCCAAUUAUUCGGAAACCGCAGAAAGUUGAGGAACGAGAUGUAAAAACGAGUGUUGAGGUACAGAAGCCAGUGACGCUUGAUUUCAAUGAUAAGAGAAAAAAAGCUCAAAAUUUUAAGGAUGUGGUUCAGACAACUCCAAGCAUCGGGAGUCUCAGUGGAAGUCCGAAACUACCGCGGCAUCAGAAAGUUCGGGAACUCGAGGGCUCGAGAACUCCGAGUCCUUCAUCGGUUUCGAGAAAAAGUAGUUUUGCGUCUUUAUUCAAAACACGGACGGAAGUUAAUGCACUGAGUCCCGAGUCGCCUUCGCCGACGCCGAGCGUGAAACCUCGACGGAGCUUGACAUCUAAGAUUAAAGAUACGACGGAAAGCUUGAGAAGUAGAUCUAAAUCCCGAGAGCGCACGUCUGUUGAUAAAGGAAGUACGAAGAAUAAAAAUGUCUUUACGUCAACGCUGAGUAUUUUCAAGAAACGUGAGAGAAAGAAAAGUAUUCAGUAUGACGGAGGUAGUACUCCGGAUCAUGAACUAAUGGGUCAUCCGUCGUUGGAGAGUAUCGGGAAUGUUGAGUUUCGAUUCGAGGCGGAUCGACCCAGUCGCAAUGAAGAUUCAAUUUUUAUAAGCUUGCAUGCUGACUCGAGAAAUUAUGAGGAGGCUUUGCCGUCUGAGAGCGUGUCUAUACCCAUUGAGACGCCGACAAAGUUGUUGGAUGAGUAUGAAAACGAACCGCGGACAGGCAAUAUCGUGACUGAGGCAUCGAUCGAACAUCAGGGCUCGGGGAUAAGGAUAAGAACUGAGGCGAUGAUUGAGUCGACGGGUCGCGAGGAACUUCAGAGUCCCCUGCGACCGAGCACGUCGAAAGAUUCCCAGUUGUCAAAGAGUUCGUCGAAGGACUCGCGGGUCAGUAUUCAAACGGCAAAACACAUUGAGGUCCCGUCGAGACCCGGGUCUGCGGAGGUCGGGAAAUCCGACGCUAAGUCGGUCAGUGUUUCGAGUAGGGAUUCCGUUGAAAGUAAGAGCAGGGUAGCUGGUGAAGCCAUCGUCAAGCCGAAGAGGAAAAGCAAAGAGAGUGUGUCAAGAGUUGAAAGCAAAUCAAAAGUUGUCGAGAAUAAAUCAAAUGGUGAUAAAAGUAAAUCGGGGAUCGACGGUCUGUCGAUAAAUGCGGAAAGUCAAUUGAGAAUAACAGAAAGUGAUAAAAAAAAUAAAGUAAACGGAACUGAAAGCUCGGGUUGUAAGGUGCCGCCAGAGACUGAUAAAUCCUCAGAGUCAACUCAAAGAUUAUCUGAAAGUCUUAUGGUUAAAUCUCAAGAUGGUUUAGUUAAGACACCGAGUGUAGUUUCUGAUUUAGAUCACAAUAGUUCUGAGUCUGAGCGUGAUUCCGAAAUUGAUUUUGUGAGAAAUAAGGUAGUGAAAGUUGUUAGCGAUGAGUUACCGGACGAGAGAAAGGGUUUGUUUAAUGAGGAAAGUUUUGAAGAGGAUCUUCCUUACGUGCCAACGACAUUGCCCAUGGAGAAGAGUGUCGCUGUACCAAUGCUGCCAGUAAAACAGCGGCUGCAAGAAGUAAGAACCAUUCCAAUAGAGCGGCCGAGGUCUACAACACCCAUUAAUCCAACUCUGCUCGACGAAUUCGUUAUGCAGACAUCACAUGAUGACAAACGGGCUGACAAAAUGAAGAUUUCGUUGCCGCGGGAAGACAGUUUUAAAUUAAAAAGCCCACGUAAGCACUCGAUGAACACAUUUACUGAGUUUGCCGAGCGCGUGGUACCCGAUGCUGUCAAAAGAGCCGCGGGAAAGUCGCCGAGUCCACCGCCACCACUGCCACCCAGAGCUCCCGCCAUUCGGCCGACGAACUGGGUUAAUUUUGAAGAGAUUCCUGAGCGUCGGAAAGCUCCCAAGAGGAUCCAAACGAUACCACGUCCAGAGGAAGACAGCAAAGCUGGUUACAGUUACGUCCAGCCGGAGGAAUGUCGAUGCGAGUGUCACGAAGAAUCUAGAAGAGCUUCCCACAGAGAACCAAUCGCUGGUUCCAGCAUAAAUACCGGAAUUACUGCCAGCAUUUCGUCGGCAUCAGCGACUCACGGGUCCUCUGUAACGCGAACUUCGUCAACAUGCAGCAGCAGCAAUGGGGAGCGCGCUUGCAAUGGCGAUAAUUGCACAGUUCCUACGAGCUCGGGUGAUCGUGCCAGUAUCGUGAGUGACAGCUCUCUGGAUCUAAGUCCCGUUAACGAGGAUCCGAUUGCGACACAAGCGCUCUUAGGACCCAUGAAACCCUUCGCGAUGGAUCUUGACGUCGGAUCAAAUCGAUCUAGUAUCAUAUCCCAGGAAGAGACUGACGAUAUUAAUCUGUAGAAGAUUUAAACAUUAACUGAAAAUUUAUUUUUAUUUUAUUUAUUUCAGUGUUGAACUAAAACUAAAAACCCGUGAGUUUUAGGGAAUUGAUUGUACGAUUGUCAAUAGACAAGAUCUCAAUAGCAAUUUACUAAACUGGACAUUAUUUUUGACAUUUAAAAUAAAAUAAUGAGUCUGACCUGGAUCGUUUAAGUCACACUGGAUUUUUAUGUUGUUUAAAUGGAUAAAAAUCUAAUGACAUAAAUGAAACGUUUGGUAAAAAAAUAUAUUAUUUUUGGACAAAAGUUACUAAUGAUUGAAUUGGGUCAGCAGAGUGACAAGAAGAGAACGAAACAUAUGAAGGAAAAAUAUAAUAAAAACUUUGAACAUUUACCGGAAAAUAAAUGGCGAAAUGGGUGAGUGAGUUGAAAUAAUCAAUACUUGAUUCUUGUGUUAUUAUUAUUAUAUUUAUUUGUUUAUUUAUUAUUGUUACUAUUAUGAUUAUUGUUGCAAGAGGAAGUUAAAAAUUUGUUCACAAGCCAGACUUGGUCGUCUAUUUCCAACCAUUAAAUUAAUUUUAAAUGUAUACUUCUCGAGUAAACGAUCGAUUGACCCUCAUCUCGCUGGCUUCUUUAGUAAUUUAAAAAAAAAACGACAUAUUUAUUCUCGAGAAAAAACCCAUGAAAAAAUAAUAAAUACACUGUAAAAAAUUUGCGGGGUGAACGCGGAGUGAAUGAUUUUUUAUUCAUUUAAUUCCCUCGGAGUGAAUUUCACUCCGAAGGGGAGUUUCGGAAAAUAUUAAUUAUAAAAAAAAUUACUAAUACAUAGUGAGCUGUCUUUGAUAUUUAGACAUUUAUAUUGCGUACGGAAAUAAUUACGAGCUCCCUUUUCAUAUAUUCGCGCGAAAUGAUUUUUAAAAAUUAUAAGCAGCUGAUAAUAAAACUUCCACUGAGUCACAAACUGUCUUAUGACUUACAUCAACCAUACCACGAGAUAACAUUUCAUAUUGUAACGAAAUAUAAAAUAUUCCCAUAAAAACUAUGUCACCAUAGCUAUUCAAUAAUUUAAUAUUUUCACUAUGUAUUAUAUAUAUGAAAUUAUAAUUACGUGAGUUACUAAAACAUUUUAUAAAUUAAAAACAUAAUAUUUUAAGUUUAAUUAUUAAUAUCUCAAUGAAUUAUUUAUUUAAAUAAUUAUGUUUCUAAUUAACAGCUGUUUCUAUUAAAUAUUAAUUUAUUUAAGUAUUAAAACUUCGGACCGGAGUGAAUGCGGAUUUAAAUAAAAUCCGCGUCACUCCGAAAUCACUCUGCCCAUACAAAAAUCCCAAUUCACUGCGCAUGCGGAGUAAUUUUUUUUUUAACUUCGGAACUCUGAGUGACAGCUCGAAUUCGAAUUUAAAUAAAAUCCAGAUUCACUCCCGAUUUUUUACAGUGAAAUAAAAUGCAGUUUUUAGACCAAUCGAUUACGGUGGGCUAAAAAUUUUAAUUUUAUUUAGUAAUUAUAAGGAUUUAUCAAUAAAAAAAAAUAAUUAUUAUUAUUACUACGUAAUAAAUAAGAGAAAAAAAUGUUGAAUUGUAAUUACGAGACCACUUGCGAUGUUGAUAGUUAAUUAACGCGAUUCGCGUCAAAGCCUUUAGAAAGUCCAACGGAAUCCAAAAAAAAUAUAUAUAUGAAUAAAAAUAUAAAUUUCUUGACAUUUAAUGACAAUUUAUCCGAUAGCUGAUAAUUCUUAUCGGCGAAAUCGGAAUAAUUAUUGAAGCGACACGUCAUUGAGUGAACUUGUGAAAGAUAAUUAAAUUGAAUAAAAAUAUAAUCAAAUUACGGAACGGAAAUUAAAAUCAAUUAUCACUUGUUAAAUAUAGUUCUCAUUAAAUACUUGUACUAAAAAAAUUAUGAAACUUGACCUCUCUGCUCAACGAAAAUUAUUUUAUUUUAAAUUCGGUGGUAAAAUAAAGUAAUUGUAAUCCAUCCCACGCCCACAUUACCUCUUAGAUGUAUUUUCUACACAAAAUAAUUAUACUGUGUUCAUACGAAUUAAUUAAAUUCUGGCUAUACAGUAAGAUUUGUCAAUUUAUUAAGAUCAAAGUGUGUAAUUUAUCGAUUAUUAAUAAUUGCUAUUAUUACAAUUACAAUUAUAUCUACAAUCACGUGUCUAGAAUUUAUAUGCUUUGAUUUAUGUUGAACAUCAUAUGCGCAGAAAAAAAAAUUUCUUGGUACAAGAAAUAUUUUUCAAUAUGAAUUGAAGGAAAAGAUUUUCUUAGAACUAAAAAAAAAUUUCCUAGCGAAACCGAAUUAUGGUAAAGUACAGUAAUUACCGUAAAUACCGUAAUUUACGAUAUACAGAAGACUUACCGUAAAGUAUGCCAUUUUAGGUUAAAUAGGUAACUUGCGGCAAUUUACGGUAAAAUUCCGCAUUUCACGGCAAAUUUAUGGUACACAGUAAAAAAAAAAAGUCAAAAUCGUAGUAAUGUGUUAUUUUAACAUGUUGUGAGUGUUAAAAAAAAUUACCUACGCAUCUGUUGGAAGUAAACAUUUUUCAAGAAUUCUUAUGUGACGGUCAACAUUUUUUUAGUAUAUUUUGUGUGUUGAUUUGACAGUAACAUAUAAAAAAUGUUACUUUUCAAUAAAAUAACAUUUUUGUGUGUUAAAAAAUCAAUCAAUUGCGACAGUUCAAACAAGAUAAAUACUGUGUGUUAAAUUGACAUAAAAAUGUUAAAAAAUUCAACACACAGACUUUUAACAUACGCUUUUUUUACACUUUGACGAUUCAUUUUUUACAUGAAAAAUUGCGGUAAUCCACCUUAAAUUUACAGCAAUACUGCGGUACUUCACCGCAGAAUGCCAAAAUUUGCGGUAAUUCAUGGCGGUUCUCCAGAAUACCGUAAAUUUCGGUUUUUUGCCGUGUUAUACAUUUAUUUUACCGCAAACUACCGUAAUUUGCUGCAAAUUACCAUACAGUUAUUGCAGUAAAUCACGGAAUUUUGCGGUAAAUUACGGUAAUUUACCAUAAUUCAGAUUCUCUAGGGUUCAUUGCGCAGUAAUUUUUUUCUCACUCCAAGAAAUCUUUUUUUUCUGUGUGAUUAUAAAAAAAAAAAAUAUAUAUAUAUAUGAUGUAAUUAAAUUAAAACUGAGACUGCGAUGGCGAUUAUAGCUAAAGAAUAAAAAUAAAUAUUAUAAUUUUUAUUUUAAAAUAUUUUAAAAUUAAAUUCUAGAAUCCAAAAAAUAUUUAACGUACCAAA